AGAUGGAAGAAGACGAAUUAUUUGCUUCAGACUCAGGAGGAAAUGAUAGUUGGGAUGAUGCACAUUUUCUCGACCUUUCUGCUCAGAAAUCCAAUCGCCCCUAUGAUGAUGGAUUUGACUUAUUUGAGGACAAUGAAGAGGAAGAUGAAGACCUCAAGCUUUUCGAAAAUGAGCUGAUUCAAAUGAACCCAGAGCAAGCAAAGGUUGAAAAUCUUAAAACUCAGCUACUUGAGAAUGCUAAGACUGAGUACCAAAGAAAACUCGAACAAGAAGCUAAAAGAGUUCAAGAAGAGGAGAAUAGAGUAAAAUUCGAAUUCUCCAGAGCCUGUCUUUUUCUUCAGUUGGCUAGAGCAGUUAAAAUUGCGGAAAAUAAUUUCUAUCCUCAUGAUGAAAAUAUUUUAGCCAUUUUAGUAAGUAUACUCAGUAAUAGAACUGAGGAUGGAACUCCUUUGGAAGAGCUAAAACCCAGUCAGAUCUUGACGCUAUUCAUGAGCAUUUAUAAUUAUUUCUGAGAUAAAUAGAAUGGAAUGAGAUUUUAGAAACCCAAGUGUGAUUGUUAAAAACCUUCUAUCUCAGAAGCACAACUCAUUGAACCAUAUCGAAUGCUUGCAGAUGCUCAACCUUCUUCUGGAGUAUUGAGGGUACACGACUCGGUACCUUAUCCCAAUAGAGACUAAGAGUCUAGAGGAUAUGGAGUUUAUCAAAGUUUCAAGUAAACUUGGAGGAAAUAAGAGAGUUUAUAACAACAGCAAUCUUGGCUUCACAGGCGCUAAUAAUCCAAGGAAAAGAAAGUUAAAUUAUUCUAAAAAGACAAAAAAUAACAAAAAUAAACAGAAGAGAAAUGCAUGUGAGCCAAGGAUUAUUAGAGAGGUCAACCAAAGUCAAGAGAUUGAAUCUGCUAUUCUCAGACUUGAUAAAUUUACAUUUAAUGGCAAUUCUUCCAAAGAGGAAAGUUUGCAUGAAUGUAAAGAACCAGACUCUCCUAGUAAAAGAAGAUCUGACGAUUCACCAUCUAAACGUAUGAAGACAAUUUUUCCUUCUAAAAUAUCCACCCAGUCUGAUGAGUCACAAUCAUCACAAGGUGAUUUUGGUAUUAAGCCAAAGAGAUGGAAAUUUAAUCGGACAAAGAAGAGGUCUGGGCAAAUAAGUAAGCAGAAUUAUCAAUCCCAAGCCAAUAGUUCUAUUUCCACCACUGAAGAAAGCGUGAAAAUAAAGAGCACAAGAAACACAAAGAGUAUCUCUGAAGCUAGUGAAUUGGAAAGCCCUUCCUUCAUCGGCUUUCUUGAUUCCUCCUCAGAUGAGGAAUGUGUAGGCAAGAAAAAUUAUAAGUUAAAACAUCCAAUUUUUAAGAAUUAUGUGGGGCUUGAAGUGUACAAUAAGGACACAAAGAGAUGGUACCUUGCUGAUUUAGCAAAUGAGACAGUGAUCGAUUCCAAACUCUUCGUCGCCAGAUACUUAGAGACCACAAGAACUUUCAUACUUUUUGCAUCAGGAAGUUAUCCAUUGAUGUUUAGGCAUAAUGACAAUGAGUUAAAAAGGAUGGUUUAUAUCAGAGAUGUGACAAUGAAGUAUACAUCUUACACAAGACAGGUCUUAAUCACCAAGAGUUUGUUCAGCCUAGGAAGGUUACUUAACAACUUUGUAGAAACCUUUACUCCAUUUGUUGAGAAAUAUUGAACCAAUCUAACCUUGGUUGAAGCAAUCCAGCAAGAAAAUGAAGAAAUUGAAAGAAUUGAGCUUAGUGUAAUCCCUGAAACCUAUGCUGAAUACAGGAGACAUCCUCAAUUUGUGCUAAAGUCCCAAUUGACUUUUGAAGUACUAAAGCCCAAUGCAGUUCCCUAUAAAGACCUUAAAUUUACUGUAGAGACCGAGAGAGGCAAAGAGACAGAAAAUGUGUAUCUCAAAUCAGAUACUAUCCUGGUACACACAACGGCGAAAUGGAAUGAGCUCGGUAGAAGGGUACGCAAGGGUUCUAUCCCUCUCAAGUACGCAGAAUUCUACGGAAAUGACAAAUCAAAGAAGGCCAGAUACUAUUCAGUACAUCAGACCGUUGAACUAGUCUAUGAAGUUCAGCCUGACGGCAGUCUGCCUCGAAAUGAUUAUAAUGACAUUGAGAUUUUUAAUGAAAAGAGGAUCCCAAAGGGAACCACUUGGCUGAAGGAUAUCCCUAGAAUCAAAUAUAACUGUAGAAAGAAUGGCAUCGAGUUCGUUGAAGUAGUCGUCGGGUUUGAGUCCCACGGCCAUCAAUCCUUCCCUGUCAAGAAUGGGGUCAUUGUACAUGAAAGAGAUGCAGAAAGAGUCAAAGCUAUAGCUAAGGUGAAGGAAAAGGAAAGACAAAUCAGACUAGAGAAAAAGAAAAGAUAUCUCUGCAAAAAUACUUGGAAGACUUUGAUCAGAAGAGUAUGUGCAAAGAGACAAGCUCAGCUUUUGUUUGAUAGAGAACCAGAAGAGAGAGUUAAUGAUUUCCCAGCAGUUUUCAAAUAAUUCAGUGUCCAAAUUCCUUCGCUAAUUAUUCAAUUCCAUA